AUGUUUCACCCACAUGCUACAGACUGCUCCGAAAUGGCUUGCAGUUUGUGGGAUGGGUCGGGCCCACAAGCCUUGCUUGGACGGAUGAUGUGCAAAAACAGCCAGGCCCCUUCAGCAUUGAUGCUUGGAAUGCUGCAUAUGUUGCGCCCACUGCACGUGCUCCCACGUCCAUCCCUCAAGUAUUCCUUUGUGAGAUGUAGCAUGCGUGGUCCAUGCGCAUUUGUUUUGAGGUCAGCUGAGUCAGUUCGAUCUUGGCUUCCCUCGUGCCAAGCCCCACCCCAUCAAGUCUGGAAGCUUCCAAUAAAUCUGCGCGUCAUGCCGGCCCUUCUGCGUGUGAUGCCGGCCCUUAUCGCGGCGGCGCUGGGUUGGAGCGGAGAUGACUCGGAUGAUUUGAAUGCGACCUCUGACGAAAGCAGUAACGACACAGCCGCUGCAUUCCAGAUCAACUGGACCCUGCCGGUGGUCUCCUCCUGCCCCGCCAAGUUGCAGCCCGAAGAGGAUGGCCAGGCUAGCCCUGAGUGGGUGGGCGAUGCGCUGAACCCGGGCCCAGCCUCUUUGGAUGACCGGUCCCAGGCGCAGGCGGAGUGGUGGGCCCACACCGCCCCCGAGCGGCAGCGCUUCGCGCGGCUGGGGCCAUCGGGCCCCCCCACGGAGCCGUCGCGGCGCCUGGCCGCGUCGCUGUCCCAAAGCCUGGGCUGCCGGAUCUGCCAGCAGCUGUUGAACAGCCUCUGGGAGGGGCUGGCCCGGCCCUCGCCCACCAACCUGCGCGCACUGCUUUCGGAGGGCUGCCCCUCCAUGGUGAAGGAGCGCCUGCUGCAGCAGGGCUGGUCCGCGGCGAGCGGCCGGAAAUGCGACGGGGCUGGCACGCCGGCUGUGGAUGGGGAACCCUGGUGCUUCCUGCAGGACCCCUUGUCGGAAGUCAUCGAGCGCCCGGAGUUGGCAGAGGAGUACGAUGCUGCCACAGAUGCCUUGGUGCGGGCCUGUGAAGACACCUUGGCCCUCCACAGCGAAAGGGUGAUCAUCUAUCUCACCCACUUCACCGAGGAAGCCCCACCGCAGGCACGCAAUGAACAGCUGAUGAGAAGCGCGUGCACAGAAGCUGCAUGCUGCGCUCGUUAA